CUAUAUCCAAAGAAAAGGCUCCUUUCUUGAACGAUACACUGGGAGGGGAUAGAGAGAAGCCACCACAUACAACAAGUUGAUUCGAAUUGGUAAAUCUUCAGCAAUGUACGUGAUAAAAUCGCAGCAAAUAUCCGGCGAGGCCGGUCGAGAAAGUGAUAGUUCACCCAUCUGGUUCUGCUCAGCAUCGUCGACAACUUCAACAGAGUCGCCAGAGACACCCGCAAGCGUGUCAUCGGAGUCCUCCUCGGGAGUUCCUUCAAAGGCAUCGUCGAUGUAUAUGCAGGUGCUUGGACAAGGGUGCAAUCAUAGUACCAGCCCAAACUUUAGAGCAACAACAGAGAAAUUGACGGAGACUAUGCAAGGUUAGAGAAGUUGAAGAAACCAAAGUCACCUUGGGCAUGAUGCCAAUGUAGAUGACCUUCAUCUUUUGUGGCGUCGUAUCAUCUAUCAGGGGCACUUACUUUGUUGAACAAGCAAAUCUUCUGAACAGAAGGUUGGACUCUUAAAGAUUCCUCUACCACUCCUUCUAAGGUUCUACAACAAAGGAAAAUCACAGUUUCAAAUCCUUAAUUAUCGAAAAAAAAAAAAAAUCACAGUUUGCCAGUUUGUAUUACAAAAUUGCAAAUUGCCUUAGGCCAAUCCGGAUCAAGACAGUAUGCACCCGCGAUUGGAAUUGCAGUGUCAAUGAUGUUCUCAAUGCUAUGUUGUAUUACUGCUGCGAAAGUGGGGGUUUGAUGGCUAGAUGUGGUUAAGAGCCAUGGUCUAGUAAACAAGCCCGAUGAGACGGUCCCAAUUAGCAUGUUUUGGUUGUUUCCACACUUUCUUCUUGCAGCACUUGAUGGAAUUUUUGAAAAUAGCACUGCUUCUUUCUUCAUCGAUCGAGUUCCUACAACGGUGAUUGGGUACAUGCUUCUUUUCACCACUGGUGUAUUUGGUGUAGGAAUUAUGGGCAGUGUCAUUUCAAUAUAUAUAGUGGGUAAAAUUAGUGAAAGGGGAGAACCAAGUUGGUUCCAGAGUACUCUCAAUUAGAGUCGUCUUGAUAAAUAUUAUUGGACACUAGACUGCUUGUGGUGGCAAUUUGGUAUGCUUAUAGGCAAUCUGAACUGGAAGAUCUGGACGCUCGGCUUAAUUUUCUUUUGUACAGACCUAAAUUAAAAACUUUUGUAUAAUAUAUUUUAUAUUCUUUUUGAAAUCUGCUAAGGAUUUAUAGAUCAACAAGCUUAAUCGCAAGAUUGAUUGUUGAUUUCCAGUUAAUCAAUGAACCUGAUAGGUUAGGCCUCCAUAUGCCAUAUCGAGCAUUAUAACCAAAAUUUAUAACAAGACAAUCAAUUUCCAUGUGUUAUGACUUUGUUAAAUACCAAUCAUAUAUGUAUAUCAAUAUAUUUAUUUAUUUGCACAGCUAAAAUAGAUAUCAAUAUUGAUUUACCACAAACUGUGAUGCUUUGACGCUCCAUUAUUCUUUCAGGUUUGCCUUCUUUUUCUUUUUGCCUUUUCAGGUUUUUCUAAGUAACAUUGUGGUCAAAGAAUUUUAUUUUUUCCACAAAAUUACUAGCCCUUACAACUACGUCAUUCACUAUUGACAUCUCAAUUUGGUCGUAAUUUGAUGUCUAUUCAUCUUAUAGAAGAUGAAAGGGUGUAAAUUUCAUUGUCAGAAAAACUGAAAAUAAAUAAACAAAUCAAUAAAUUGGAGUUUCAGUUAUUCCUUGAUCGGUGGACAUAUUAUAGUAUCUUUGUAAUAAAACUCGAUUAAUUUAGCAACCAAAAAAAAAAAAAUUCGUAUUUUACGCUGGCAAGACAAAAGCAUUUAUUCUCUCUAAGGAAUUUCUUCUUUCAUACUUCACAUUGCGAUCCGAACUCUGAUAUCCAAAGGUAUUUCUCUCUCUCCCUCUAAUUCGCAUUUUAUCAUAAUUUUCAGUAGGCCUUCUUAAAAAAAACUCACAAGAAUGGGUUCAUUUAAUUUAAUUUUUCUUUAAAUUGCUUUAGUUCACUGAGAAUUUACUUUCUAUUGCCUUAUUUUCCACACUUUCUAGUAGCCUCUGUAGUUUUGUAGAACUAAUAUAUUUCUUGCAAUCCGCUUCUGCAGAGAGUGGGGUUCAUAAAGAUAACGGAAAAAUGGCAUCUUAUGUGAGGAUUACAGUUCUAGUGUGGGCUGACAUACUAGCAUUGUAUGCCAUGUGGGUGAUGAUGACAUACUUAACAAAUGUUUGGAAGCUUAAUUUCACGCACGCUGCUUCAAUUAUAAACAUCUGGGGAGGCUUAGCGUUCAUAAUGCAAAUAGGCUUUGCUUUCCUUGUAGACACCUUCAUGGGUAACUAUGCAAUGCUCUUGGUGUCCAGUAUUGCCUAUAGCAUUGGGUUGGGCUUCUUGGCUAUGUCUACACCACCAGUUCUUUCUAAAUCCACAGGCAACUGCAGUGCAUACAAGCCAGAAUGCAUUGGUCACACACAAAAAAUCCUCUAUUACACCGCUUUAGCUUUGAUAGCCGUGGGGAUUUCUGGUCACGCAGUCUCUUUCGAUGCAUUCUUCAAGAAACAGACUAAUGGCCAGACAAAGGAGGAUGGAAGGAAAGUUCCAUGGCAAUGUGCAGGCCUCUUUAUUGUGGUCAUUGUUUCCAUAAUUGGAGGCAUUGCACUUCCAUAUAUAAAGCCAUGGUCAAUCCGGUUUGGAAUUCCAUCAAUAUGCACUGUGGUGGCAACACUUUUGUUCGUGAGUGGCUCGUGCUCAUACGAACAUGAUAAGCCACAAGGGAGCCCUCUCACAACUGUGUUCAGAGUCUUUGUGUUCAGGUGCAUAGACAAGGCUGCCAUUAAAAGUGAUAGAGAGGUUGAAGAAACCAAAAUUGGCAUUCUCAUGGUCCCAAUCUGCAUGACCUUCAUUAUUUUUGGGGUGGUAAUAUCUAUUGGAAAAACCUACUUUAUUGAGCAAGCAAACCACAUGAACCGCAAGGUGGGACACUUAACCGUCCCUCCUCCACUAUUUCUAAUGUUCUAUGACUUUUCAAAGGAACAGUUGAAGAAAAUCGAAUACUUCUUUGGAGGAUCGGGAUCAAAACGUUAUGGUCCCCCAACUGGAAUUGCUAUAGCUAUGGUAUUUUCAAUACUAUGUUGUAUCACUGCUGCAAAAGUGGAAACUCAAAGGCACGAUGUGAUUAGGAGCCAUGGUUUACUUGACAAGCCGGACGAGAAAAUCCCAAUGAGCAUAUUUUGGCUGCUCCCACAGUUUGUCCUUCUUGGCGCCGUUGAUGGAAUAUCUGAAAGUAGCAUUAAGAAAUUCUUCAAAGAUCAAGCUCCUCCGUCCAUGACAACCUACCUGAAAUUUUUUACCCAGGGGUUAUUUGGUCUUGGAAUCAUGGCUAGUGUUCUUUUUGCAUAUAUAGUAGGUAAGGUUAGUGAGAAGGGAGGGAAACAAAAUUGGUUCCAGGACACCUUAAACAGGAGUCGUUUGGAUAAAUAUUAUUGGACACUGGCAGUUUCAAGUAGUGUCUUUCUGGUGUUGUAUAUAUUGGUGGCAUUGUGCUACCCUUAUAGAGAAUCAGCACCAAAAGAUGAGGAAGCGCAACGGAAUGAACAUUCUGCUGCUCAACCGCCCUACGAGGAUAACCCACCGUGUUCCUGCUGUUGUGGCUAGAUGUGGGAGGAUAUGCUGUAUAAUUAAGUAUGUUGUUGUAUUUUGCAAUUCAACAUGUUGCAUAAUGUCUAUGAUGUUGCAAUUCAAUUGUUGUAUUUUACUGAUC